AGCAAAUCCUCUUCACUUAAAAAAAAAAAAAAACUUCCGCUGUCGAUCCCUUCCCCCGAAGGUUGGCGAUUCGCGUUUUCCCAUGGUGGUCACCCAAACCCUAGCCUUCAUGCCGCUCACUCUCCACUGUUGAAAUCGUGAUGCAAUCGGAGAAAAUCCUCAACCCAAGCCUUCUUCUCAGCACCACCACUGGCCGCAAAUCGAUGUCCGUCGUUAAACCGCCGCCGCCGCCGCCGUCGAUACUCGACCGGUUCAAGGCUCUGCUCAAUCAGCGCGAGGACGAGUUCGGCGGCGAGGAUCCGAGUUCGGAAGAGGUUGUUCAGCUCUACGAGGUUGUUCUGGGCGAGCUCACUUUCAAUUCCAAGCCUAUCAUCACUGAUCUCACUAUCAUCGCCGAUGAGCAGCGGGAGCACGGCGAAGGGAUCGCUAAUGCUAUCUGCACUCGAAUCCUCGAGGCACCGGUUGAGCAAAAGCUGCCGUCUUUGUAUCUUUUAGACAGUAUUGUCAAGAACAUUGGGAGGGACUAUGCUCGUUACUUCUCGUCUCGUUUACCAGAGGUCUUUUGUCUAGCGUACAGGCAAGCGCACCCGAGUUUACAUCCUUCAAUGCGCCACCUGUUUGGGACUUGGUCUGGUGUUUUCCCAUCACCUGUAUUACGCAAGAUUGAGAUGCAGUUGAAGCUUACUUCCGCAACGAACAGCCAAUCUUCCUUAGGGGCUUCUGAGCCGACUCAACCAACAAGGGGCAUACAUGUUAAUCCGAAAUAUCUUCGUAGGCUGGACCCCUCUGCCGCUGAGAGUAACUUGAGAGGAAUAAGUUCCAGUGCAAAAGUGUAUAGUCAAAACUCAGUCGGCGGGUAUGAUGAUUUUGAAGAUCAGUUAGAUAGCCCAUCUUCUCUGGCCGGACCAAGGUCUAGUACAGCUGGAAGUUUGACCCUCGCAUCUUCUGCAAUUGGAGCAGAUGGGUUUCCUAGGAGGUUUAGUGAUGGAGUUAAUUCUUCUAAUCAAGCCUAUAACUAUGGAAUGGGUCGGGCUACUGGCAGAGAUGAUGAACACAUGGACUGGCGAAGAAAGGACAACUUCGGCCAAGGAAAUGACCAUGAAAGACCCAGAGCUUUGAUAGAUGCAUAUGGAGUUGACACCAGCAAACACACAUCCAUCAGUAGACCAAUCCGCAACGUGAAUGGUAUCCACAGUAAGAUGGUUACACCAUGGCAGAACACCGAGGAAGAAGAGUUUGAUUGGGAAGAUAUGAGCCCUACACUAGAGCGUAGUAGGGCUGGUGAAUUUUUGCGAUCAUCUGUUCCAGCAUUAGGAAGUGUAAGGCCAAGACCUAGACUAGGAAACAUACAUGAUUUUCAGUUAGAUUCUGACAUUAAGAACGGUAUGAACUCUCGUUUUGGUCGAGGACCUGCGAUGAUAUCAAGAGUUGGGCCUUCUGGUGCUGAUGCUCUUCCUGAUGGGACAUGGCCCCAUUUGGGUGUUAGAGGAUCCAACUCUCUCCCUGUACCUUCUGCUCACGUGCAUCAUUUGGCAAAUCCUGGUAAUGCGAUGUUAAAUCACUUGAAUGGUAAGCCUUUAUAUAGGCCAGAAAACCAGGUCUCCCACAUGACCCAACAGAAUCAAGUGCUAGGAAAUUACUUACCGUCUUCAUCUGCAAUGGCACCAAGGGCAAUGCAAUCGCUGUUACCCCACGGUCAUGGUUACCCUCCACUAGGGUCAACCAUUAGACCAUCUUUAUCAGUCCAUGGUGGGGAAGCCAUGCAUCCUCAUUCUUCAGGGGUUUCCAUCUCUCAGAAUCCUUCGUUGGGAGCCUCUAAUCAACCACCGGGCGGUGCAUUCUCUGGUCUGAUUGGCUCUCUCAUGGCUCAAGGUUUGAUCUCGUUGAACAAUCAGCCUACUGGCCAGGGGGCUUCGGUGAUGGAGUUUGAUGCGGACAUGCUCAAGAUACGUAACGAGUCUGCAAUAACUGCUCUAUAUGGGGAUCUUCCCAGGCAAUGCACAACAUGUGGUCUACGCUUUAAGUGCCAAGAAGAGCACAGUAAGCACAUGGAUUGGCAUGUAACCAAGAACAGAAUGUCCAAGAACCAUAAGCAAAAGCCUUCUCGGAAAUGGUUUGUGAGUGGUAGCAUGUGGCUUAGUGGCGCAGAGGCACUUGGAGCUGAAGCAGUGCCGGGGUUCUUACCUGUCGAGCCAACAACAGAAAAGAAGGAUGACGAAGAGAUGGCAGUUCCUGCAGAUGAAGACCAAACUUCAUGCGCAUUAUGUGGUGAGCCGUUUGAAGACUUCUAUAGUGAUGAGACGGAGGAAUGGAUGUACAAAGGUGCUGUGUACAUGAAUGCUCCUGACGGAUCAACAACAGAUGUGGACAAGUCUUUGUUAGGUCCUAUUGUACAUGCUAAGUGUAGGCCAGAGACUAAUGGGGGUGAUAUCGAAGAGGGUAGUCAAAGAAAAAGAAUGCGGAGUUAGAUCCCUUAGACCGGCUAUUAGGUCUUUUUUCUUGACUACUUUUUAAGUUACAUUCUUAUUUCUUCAUCAUCUAUAUGCACUUAGCCACACACAAUACCGCUGAUGGAGAGAGUUUUCUUUCUCCUGAAACUGUACCAUUGAAAAGGAUAAAAAGAGAGAGGUUUACCCCCCACAGAUCUCUUAUCGUUCUUUACCCCUCUUAAAUUCUGUUGUGGCUUAGGACAUGGAUAUCUCUGCUACACCUAUAACCUGGGGGUGCUUGUAGUAAAAUCAUAUGGCCCAACGUGGUAGUUCGUUCCCCAUGUAUAUGUAUCAUAAUGUGUCUCUUUCUUUCUUGUUUUUCGGAUUGUCUUUCUUUUUCAUCUUGUGAUACUGCAGCGGAGGCUUUGGGAAGACCAAUGUUUAAUUGAGCAUAUUUUCUGUGAUGAUAUAAAUCUCGUUAGAUGUUGUUGCUAAGAGAACCAGUUUCAGCUGUUUAUUUUCUUCUUCUUUAGAGCUUUUCCUGUCUGAACUAUAACACUCUUUAUGUUAGCUAAGAAUGUUAGUUAACAGAACUCUCUUUUAAGGGCAUUUAUUCUCAUGACUUGGUCUACAAUGAAACAAAUUUGACAUA